AUGUCUCUCUCCACCGUUUUCCAACUCGCAGUUGCGUUGUGCGCGGUAGCUGGCGUUGAUGCCGGCGUUCUGGACAAAAGGCAAUGCCCCGGAGGACUGCAGCCAACAUACCCGGCUCCCGUCCUAUCCCAGGGCUGGACUGCUCAACUCAUCGCCAACGGCGUGCGGAGCGCAAGGGGCCUUGUAUUCGACAGCAGCGGCGCCCUGCUUGUAGCCCAGGCAAACACGGGAAUCACCCGUAUCACAUUUACUGAGAGUGGCAACUGCGUCAGUGUGGCCAGCAAGACCACUCUCGCCACGAAGAAUGAUCUCACUCAUGGCAUCGCGUUGAACGCCAACGGCACCACACUCUACGCAUCCUCGGCCGAGGCCGUCUUCGCUUGGGCCUACAACCCGAGCACCGGCACGGUCACAGGAUCGCCGACGACCAUCAUCAAUGGCAUGAACAACGCAGACCACGUCAGCCGCACGCUGACCUUCUCGAAGAAGCAGCCCAACCAGCUCAUCGUCUCGCGCGGCAGCAACGACAACCUGGACAUGGGCACCAAGGACAUCAAGAGCGGCCGCUCGAUGAUCAAGGUCUUCGACCUCAGCGCCCUGACGAGCGGCAAGGUCUACAACUACGCCAACGACGGCCGGGUCCUGGGAUGGGGCCUGCGCAACGACGUCGGCGUCGCGGAGCACCCCACCACUGGCGGUAUCUGGUCCGUCGAGAACUCGGUCGACAUGCUCACGCGGAACGGGGUUGACAUCCAUACCGACAACCCAGGCGAGGAGCUCAACUACUUGGGCGCACUUAGCGACCCUGCACCGGCGAAACCGCCGAACUUUGGAUACCCGGAUUGUGUCGCCCUUUUCCAAGCGUCGGGUGUGCCCAACAGCCAGAAUCUGAAGACAGGAGUCCAAUUCAGCUCCAACCAAUCCACGACAGCCAACGACACCUCUUGCGCAAGCAACUUCGUGGCGCCGAGGCUGACCUUCCAGUCCCACAUGGCACCACUCGACAUUGCCUUCACUGCAGACGGCUCAGAGGCGCUGAUCCCCUUCCACGGAAGCUGGAACCGUCAACCACCAAUUGGGUACAAGUUCGGCAUAGUCAAGUUCGCCAACGGACAGCCGGUCGAGCCGUCCACCAGCACAACGGCACUGAUUGAUAUCAUGACGAACCAAAAUAUUAACAACUGCCCAAACAGCUGCUUCAGGCCCGUCAGUGUUGCCAUAGAUGCCAAGGGCCCGGGUGUUCAUGAGCUCCGAUACCACUGGGGAGAUUUAUGUUUUGUACAGACCGGCUUAGACAUGUCCAAUGCGCCCAAGUUCACAGACCGGACCUACGAGCAGCGCGAGGCGGACGCCAAGGUCAACGGGCCCAUGAUCCAGCGCGCGCGCGUGGUGAGCAGCAUCCUGACGGCCAAGUACCUCAAGGCCAAGAGCAUCUUCGACAACUACCACGAGUACGACGUGGACCAGGCGUUCGUGCCCACGACGACGGGCGAGCCGUGCUGGCGCGAGGACGCCGACCCGUGGCUGCGCAUCCGGGAGACGCUGCCCGAGUUCCUCGAGGACUACACGCGCAUCAUCGUCGAGUCGGGCGGCGAGAUCACGGGCGAGGGCCUGCAGAACCUCGCCGUCGCGCUGAUCCGCGUCGCGAGGGCCGAGUGGGAGGGCGCGGGGAGGGACAAGAAGGCCCUCGACAAGGCCUUCGAGCAGGAGAUCCUGGCGCUGGUGGGGAAGCUCAAGGCCGAGUUCAAGCUGCCUGAGGCGCCGGACGCUGACGAUGACGAGGAUGAUGGGGAGGAGGAGGAGGUUGUUGAGACCAAGGCGUGA